GGGCCGCGAGCGCGCGCGCGCGCGGGGGCCGGCGGCGGCGGCGGCGGCGGCUGCAUGUGCGGCGGGCGCGGCGCGGUGCGGAGCGGCGCGGAGGAGAGCGGAGCGGGCAGCGCGGCCGGGCCGGGCCGGAGAGCAGCGAUGAGGUGCGGGGACGGCCCGAGGAGACCGAGCCGAGCGUAGAAGUCAUUGAACGGAGGUGAAAUUGCUGGCGUGAGCCACUGCAUCCAUCUGGGACGCUUCCCUGGCCAUCUGUGUUAAAUUAGCCGCUCGCCGCCGCCGGGCGCCGGGAUUGAUGGAGACGCCGAGCAUCGCGCCCCGUGACGCGGCGCCCCGCCGCCUCGCCUCGCCGCAGCCCGCACCGCGGAUUUAACCAUUCGAGGCUCCCGCGCAUGGCUCGCCCGCCCCGGGGACUCGUGCCGGCCCCCUAGGCUCCGGGCUCCCGCCGCCGCCGCUCCCAAGUACUCCACAUAUCCCGAUGGGGUAACGUGACGGAGGGGGACCGUCGCGCCGGCAGCAUCCCCAUGCGGAGGAGGCCUUGGUAGAGAGCGCGGGGAGCGGGCGGCACCGGCCCCCCCCUCCAAAAGCGCCCGGGGAGCCGACACUACAGCAAAGGGAUUUCCUUCUUUUUUUUUUUUUAAUUUUUAUUAUUAUUAUUAUUAUUAUUAUCAUUAUUAUUAUUAUUAUUAUUGUUUGGCUUUUACCACAGGGUCUGUGCCGGGGGCGGGGGUGGCGGCGCCGUGAGGCCCCCCCCGAGAGCUGGGAAUAUUUGCACAACGUUUGUAUAUUGAGUUUCCCAUUCGGUUUUGCUUUUUUCUUUUUCUUUAAGCACCGAGCUUUUUUUUCCCCCCCCCCUCCGUGCACGCUUUUUUUUUCCCCCCCCCGCCCCCCCUCCCCGUGCCGCUGCUCUGUGCCACCCUCCUCCUCGGAUCCCGCCAUGGCCCGGAUGAACCGUCCCGCGCCGGUGGAGGUCUGCUACAAAAACAUGCGGUUCCUCAUCACCCACAACCCCACCAACGCCACGCUCAGCACCUUCCUGGAGGAUCUGAAGAAGUACGGGGCCACCACGGUCGUGCGGGUGUGCGAGGUGACCUACGACAAGACGCCCCUGGAGAAGGACGGCAUCACCGUCAUGGACUGGCCAUUCGACGAUGGAGCGCCUCCUCCGAGCAAGAUCGUGGAGGACUGGCUCAACUUGCUGAAGACCAAGUUCUGCGAAGACCCCGGCUGCUGCGUGGCGGUUCACUGCGUGGCUGGCCUGGGCCGCGCUCCUGUCCUCGUCGCGUUGGCCUUGAUCGAGAGCGGCAUGAAGUACGAAGACGCCAUUCAGUUCAUUCGACAGAAGCGCCGAGGAGCCAUCAACAGCAAGCAGCUCACGUACUUGGAAAAAUACCGACCAAAGCAGAGACUCCGAUUUAAGGACCCUCAUAACCACAAGAACAAAUGCUGCAUCAUGUAACCUCAAUGACCUCUUGCCAAACUUCGUGCACACAGACACACGGGCACUCGCACGCAUCCCCCCCGCCGCGCACCCCACCCACCACCCCGCUCGCGGCCCCGCUCCGGGCACUCGGGCAGGGCGGGGGGGCCUCGAUGGAGCACCACCGACACGUCCUUGUACCCGGAGCGCUCUUCUUGCCGAACUCCCCGAGAAAGGCUGUCUCCACCCGCCGCGGCCCCGAGGAGGGAAGGCAGCGCUGCCCUUGACUCUUGGCUGUAGCAGGCAAUGAAUUCACGCGUCGGUUCUUCGUCGCCUUCCUCCCUCCUCCUCCUCCUCCCUCCCUCCCCCUCCCUGGGAGCCGGGAGCUGAGCCCUUUGCACUGAGAGCACGUCCCCGGCGUGGAGAGAUGGGUCCUCACUGCUCUCCCUGGGCGUAGCGGGACUUGAUUUGGGGGAUGCAUGGCCAGCCCUGGCCAGGAGCCCCGCGGGACCGCGGGCAGGGCUGUGCCAUCCGAGGAGGGACCAGGGACAGGAGGGGUGGCUUGGCCCAGUGCCGGGUGGCCGAGCAUCCCAAGGCAGGAAAACCCUCUCCCCGUCUCUUUCCUGUAAAUUAGGGCUGUGGGCCAGAGCCGUGGGAUGGUGCAGUGGCAUGGGAGGGGGGACGGGAGGAAGAUGGUGAUGGCAGGGAGGAACAAGAGGUCUCAGCAGGGCGACAGCUGACAAAGCUGAGAUCGAGUCCUCCCAGCAUCGUUCCCUUUCUCCUAUUCCUCCCCCCGCCACUUCGCCGGCUCCCCGCGCUGCCUCCAUGCAGCCUGGGACGGCCCGCGUGGGGACUGGAGAGCCGUCCAGGGGGGCUUGCUCCCCCCGUCGCUCCUCCGGACCCCGCAGCAGUGAACUAGGGCCACCAGGAAGCUCGGGGACAGGGAUGGGACUUUGAGGCCCCCGUCUUUGCCGGGAGAUGCCGGGGUGUGGGGUCAGCACUGUGUCCCCGAAGUUUGGGGUGCUCUUAUUUGUAGCUUCCAAAUUCAAUGCACAACGUUGCUUCUCUCGGGGUGGGCUGGGGGCGAUUUGCUGCUUGUCCGGGGGGAGCAGAGCCAGCUGCGGGCUCCCAUGGCACUGUCUGUCCCAGCUCGUCCUAGGGCCAGCUGCAGGGCUUUUGCUCGCCAGGGGCUGGGACGCGUCUCGCCUGCCUUGAAAAUAGUCCCAGAGCCGUCCUGCUGCCAGCUCCCAACCCGAGCGCCGGGGUGAAAGGAGAGCAGCUCAGCGCUGGGGCCGAGUGGGCAGGAGACAUGGGCAUGCCUGUCCUCUCCUCCUCCACCAGCCCAGCUCUCAGCACUGCCGCGGGCACCCGGGGGUUGCAUCUGGCUGGGACCGAGCAGCGCGUGUCGUAGUUCCCCAUCUGGUCCCCAGGACGGGCGAGUAGGGCAGGGAGAGUCUCAGAGCAACCCAGCUUCUGGGGGACGAUGCCCUGAGGGUGCAAAGCGCUUCUCCAGGCAUGUCCGUGUUCUCCACCGUUGCAUCGGUGUUCGCUGUCCGCGGGGCUCGGGCUCUCGCUCUCCCGGGGAUUUGUGUUUUGGUGCUCCCAGAAAGAGCCCAUCACCGAAUUUGCACCUGCCUUUUCCCUCCCCCGUGGCAUCUGUAAUGCAGCGUGUUGCCCUGCAAGCCCCUGGCACCCCGUAAGCCCCCCGGGUUGUGCUCUGGGUUGGACGCAGAGCAGCACCUGAGCCAGGACAUGAAAUGUCUCUCAACCUUCUGCCUUUGAAUGCUUUCAGCAGCUGGAGUGGGGGGCACUUAGGGGGUUUGGGAGUGGUUUGUCUUCUGAUGAGGGUAAGAAAUUUGCUAAUUAAAGGAGAAAAAAAAAAACUAUUUGUCUUCCACAUGUCCUCUGGCCUUUCUUUCUCCCACCCUGGAGCUGUGUAGGUGACCCAGCAGACAGGCAGUGCGGGCCUCUGGCAAGGGCAAGGGAAGGGGAGAGAUGACCCACUAGACAGACUGCCAGGUCGAAGCAGGCUUCCAGGUGUGACCAGGGCAUGCUUGGGAGCCAAGGGAUGCUCUGGGUAUCCUUUGGACUCACCUGUCAUUCACCCCUCAGCUACAGAGGCUCGCAAGCGUUGGGGCAACGCAGAAGGCCAGUCCUCAAGCAUCUUGUGGGUUUAGGCUGCCCACUUUGAGAUGCCUUCAGUGUCUUGUAGUGGGUAUCUCCGUAGUGUUUGUGUGCCUUCAGAAACGUAGACCAUCUGGAAACACUUGCUUCAGAGGAUUUAUUUCUUGGAACCUGCCAAGAAAGACUGGUUAGAUCCCAUUGGUAUCUGCAGAGGUUUUGGGGCCAGCUUUGUGGCACGAAAUUUGAUCUGGGGAGCUGAGCUGUUUCUGGUGCCACUUCUCUUGCUCUCUCUGGGAGCCAGCAGCACUGCACUGCGCAGCAGGAUUGGCCACCAAGGAGGGACGAGGUCCCUCGUGCCACUGUGCAAGGUAUCGAGAUGCUCCAUCACACGAGAGCUUGUAGCAUCCCUGUCACAUUGUGAGGCUGCACGUCUCUGACUGCUCCAAGCCCUGUCUUGGUGGGACGGCCCUUGGCUCCGUUGAGUUUCUUCUGUCCUGUUCAGGCCUAGUUACUACAGCUUCUGUGGGAAACUAGUCAGCGAUCUGAGGGUCCACGCUGGUUGGGAAGGGUGAGACACUGGGCUGAUCCUGUACAGCACUGCUGGCUGGGCACAGCAAUCUCACUGGGUGCAUCACCAUCCCCUUCCUGCUGCUAAAAGAGGUGCUCCGGGUGCUGCUCCAUCCACAGUGGUGGCUGGAGGUUGCUCAGCAUUGCAAAUGGGAUAGCCCCGAUCCUUCCUAGCCAGGAAACCUCAUGUAUCUCAUGUGCUCCCUGGUCACAAGAGGCAGUGCCUUGACUUGCGGAGGGUUUGAGGCUGCUGCCAGUGGGAGCUGUGGCUUUGCACGCGUAGAAAUGUUUCUGCACUGGCACCUGAAGGAGCAAUGUCUCCUCACUCCCCUCUCCUGCACUCACCUAGGCAGGGAGCGUCACGUAGCAGGGUUGCCUGGGGCACGCACUCCCAGGGUUUCAGCUAUGGUGCUUUUGAGUAGGGGUUGGGUCAGGGGCAGGGGUCUUGAAUUCAGCCUUCUUUUGCCUUGGGAACUCUCUGCCUUGGUGGUCAAAAAGUGCUCAACUCUGAUCUCUGCUUGAGAGCUCACUGACAUCUGAGCAUGGUGGGCUUGCUUUUGGGGACAAGGGGACAGGCUUUGCGGUGGUCCUUUGCCUCAUGUAACAUCAACCCAACCACCUUAAACACAGUGAGCUUCUAGUGUAAGAGCAGUCCUCUUGUUCCCUUGAUUUGGAGCCAUGUGGCCAAGUCCUUCUGAACACCUCUGGCUGGCAGAGCAGUAUCUUGAUGUCCUUCAGUUCUGUGAACCACUGCAAAAAAACAUGCACCAUUUUGCUGCUUUAAAUGUUGUUUCGGGGCACUGGGCUUCUCUGGUUUUUGUUUUAUGGCUGUAUCUCUCCCCUGCUGGGACUUGCUACAGCCUCUUGUGUUCUGCCCUGCAGACAUGACACCUCCACCUUAGGAAGGGAAGGCACUCUGCUACCUCAGCCUUGGGAGCUGGCUAAGCAGUGUCUGCCCAGUGGGUUUUAGAGGCUGCACAGUUAUUCCUCCAAGAGGAGAAUGUCAUGGGGUGGGGUAGGAAUGUGUAUGGAAGCUGGGAUAACGCAGAUGAGGCUAAUGUACCCCAAAAGUGCUGGUACAGUUUUCGUUCCUGAUGUUCCUCCACCAUCAUGUCCACAAGCCGGGUGGAGACAUGGGACUGCUUUUCCUGUCUGCCUUCCACCUGGCUCAGUUGCACAAGUGACCCCACGAUUUCUGUCCCAUGAGGUUGUGCUGUGUUUGCAGGGCCUCACUGCAGCCCAAGGCCACUUCCCACCUGCAAAGAGGCAGCCCAGGAGCUGCCCUUCUUGCACGUAGGGUUUGAACUCGCUCCGAGGAUGGGGUAGGAAGGUCAUGGGUUUCACGUCUCCAUAGCUUUUGUCAUUCCUCCAACAAGGUCUCUAAAGAGCCUACCCUCAUGCACAGGCACCCGCAGGUGGGUCUCCAAGUCCAUCCUCCGACACGCCACUGUGAGUGUCCCUCAGCUGAAGAGCUUUCCUCCUUUUUUCCAGGUUGGGCUGUUGAAUACUUGGAUUUUUUUGAUAGGGACUUGGGCCCCUACCUCUGAGGUGCCAACUUGGGAAUGUUUCAGCCCAGAAACACUUAGAGAAACAUAAAUACCUGGGCAUUUUUUUUCCAACUGGGUUUCAAAUUAGAAAUCCUGAUGAGCUCCGUUUCUUCACAAAAGUCUCAGGACAGCGGGAGAAGUAGGAGACUGACAGCACUGUAGACACAUAGUGCCAGAGUGAGGCCUGAGCAAUCGGGGGCUUCAUGUAUGGGCUGGUUGUCAGGUCUUUGUACUUGUAUGUUAAUCCCUAUUUUGCCUCAGAUGCCAAGACAUGUUGAAAGGAGAGAACACCGCCUUAAAAAUCUGACAUAUUUGCCGAUUCAGUAAUUACUCGAAUUCUCUCUCUUGACUCUUCCAGGAAAGCCAGGGAACUGACACCCCCGUGGCUUUGACUACAAACAAGCCACCCUUUCCUGCCCUGUUCAGAAGAAGCAAAGGCACAAACUCGGUUGCCUCGCUCCUCAUCCAUACCCACCUCCCUCACCCCCUCCACGAAAACCCUGUAUUUUUCACAAAUUUGCAGUGACGGGGCUCCAAAUUGUAGCAAGCCCUUUGGAAAUCCAAGGGAUGGCAAGGCGGAGAUGCACUAUCCAGCCAACCAAGAGGUUUGUAGGGUUUGCCCAGGGAGCAAAUCAUGGCUGAACCUUGUGCAAGGGAUCAGUGUGACCAGGAAUUCAUAGAUGUAUCUUUCCACCUGUAUCAUUUUGGUUACGAUGUUUGUGUUUCCCCUCCAUUCUCCAUCUUUUCCAGUUGGACACAGCGCAUGGUGGGAGCAGCAAUUGGAAGGAGGACAAUAUGUCCAUUGCAAAUGGCCAGCUCUUUAUUCAACAAAGAUUUGGCUACACAUAUUUAAAGACUUCGCAUUUGUAAAUUUAUAUUAUGGGUCUUGCAAUAAGGCUGACACUGUGGUGCUUGGGCUGAGAGCUUUGGAUGAGGCUUAUGGAUAACAGAUUUUCUGAGGAUGCAAAGAGUCUUGCUCUAUCUAUAAUAGAACGAGUCGCUUUAUUUUAUUUUUUUUUUCUUGGGUUUGUUUCUUAUUAGUCCCAGUGGGGAAGCACACGGGGAGAUUCGUGACUUAUAUGCAGUUUCCAAGUUCUUAUAUCUCAUUCACUUCCAACAGGCUGGGUAGGUGCAGUGCAGCGGGUGGAUUUUGAUGGGAUCCUGUCUGGUGGGAGGAAAACGUGCCUGGUUUCCUUGCGCAGCGUGGGGUCCUGGGAUGGUUGCAAUCACACUCGCAGGCUCCAGCAGACAUUCCAGGGGAGGGGGCGUUUUUGACACGUUCUGCUUUCCUUCAGGCAAUGAUCUCCCAAAAAACUCUUGACUUCCCUGCUGUUUCUUUCUGUGCAACAAAGAACUGCAUAUUUUCCUUUCUAACUCCACGGGCAAUCAUAGUAGUAUGUAGAUUAAGCCCAGAUGACAUUUUUCUAUUUUUUUUUUUUUUUUUUGGUCUGAGCCAUAGCUAAAUUAUUAUACCCAAUGCUUUUUGUAUCAGACAGCAUCACUUUGAAUAUGCAGAUGAGGUAUAGGAUCUUGACACUUUAUAACCUUUUUAAAAAGAGAAUUUUCUGUUUACUUAUGUCUUGUGUAAAAAGGAAAAAAAAAUGUAUGCCUUUUAGUAAUCACUUUUUUUUUUUUUUUGAGUUUUCUGAAAUUACGGUGGUUUCACUCCAGCAGCGGCGAAAUAAAAAUGCGUUCACUGUUUUGUA